UACACGUGACAGUCAUGCAUCACGCACGUGUCCUCGUCAUCUUGACAAUGCUCAUCGGUUUGAAGGCAUUGGAAAGCUUAAUUGUGAGUGGCAUUUAACUAGCUGUUAUGACUCAAGUAAAGAGUGCUGUGUUGCCAUAUCACGCUAGCUAAAGCCAGGCAAUAAGAGCUUUCCUUUCCUCAUGCAAACAUUAGAAUACAUUCUUCAUUGUUCUGGACACUCCAUCAAGCUAAUGCUCUUGUUAUUGAACGGGUCAAAUCUUUGGGUCUGCUUGUUUCUUUCACUCCCUAUCUCCGAUUUAAUUCCCUGUGCCGCAAUUGCAAUGUACCUUCUCAGCAACAAAGAGGCCAAAGUUACCCAGAAUCCCAUCCCACCCGGUGGCCGGGUGGAUCAUUGCAGGAUGUAGGGAUUCUUAUUUGGUUUAUUAUCCGAAUAUUGGGGUAGACUAUGAGGCCUAUGCUUCUCAGGCUCCUUGUAUACCACCCGAUGCGGCCAGGUGAUUCUUGUAGGAG